CGUAGCCCGGAUACGGCCUGCCCGCGAUGGCGGCGCCCGAGCCGCCGCCGCCCGAGGGCUCCAGGCCGCUGAGCGCGCUGCUGAGCGGCAUCGCCCAGGCCGCCUUCCACGGCAACGCCGACAUCACCGAGGAGCUGCUGCGCGGCCAGCUCUACCCCGAGGCGCCGCCGGAGGAGUUCCGCGCUCUGCGCGCCAAGAUGGGCGGCCUCCUCCAGUCAAUUGCUUCAGCAGACAUGGAUUUGAAUCAGCUGGAAGCUUUCCUCACUGCCCAAACCAAAAAACAAGGUGGCAUCACAUCAGAUCAGGCUGCAGUCAUUGCAAAAUUUUGGAAGAACCACCGGACUCAUAUCCACGAGAGCCUGAUCAAUCAGAGCCGCUGGGAUAAUGUCUUGAAAAACGUGAACUGGCGAGUGGACCUGAAGUCACAGUUGAGGCACAUUGAUCAGAUAAACACUCCUGUUGCAAUAGUUGAAAUGGAACUGGGAAAAAAUGGGCAGGAAUCGGAGUUUCUCUGCCUGGAGUUUGAUGAGGCCAAGGUGAGCCAGAUGCUGAAGAAACUGUCAGAAAUAGAGGAGAGUAUGACUUUGUUGACUCAGACUACUUAAUCAAAUAAAGAGAUUGCAACUUACAAAAAACCA